CACUCUAUGAGCUGUCCGCCAGUAGUUGGUCUGUGCGAGCGGGGCGGUGUGUUCGCUGGUCGCUAGGUUGGCACGCAGCAGCAGCAUGUCUUGGUCCAAGAGCCUCGCUGUCAUACCGAAAAGCCUUGAUAUAGGCAAAAUAGAGGCAUAUCGAACGUCGAGAAGCGUCAGAAACCGCAAUGCACUACGCAGCCAUAAGUUCGUCGCAGAAAGCUACGUCCAAUGCUCGACGAUUGAAACACGUUCAUUCACAGCGCAGCUCUCAUGCUGUCUGUUGAUAAAGCUCGCCAGCUUGAGCAGACCUCUCGCCAGCAGAGCCAAAGUGCGACAUGGAAAGCUGCUCGCAAGAACCGCUUAACUGCUUCAAAUUUUGGUGUUGCUGUUACACGUGAGAAUUGGACACAAAAAUGCCUGCAGAACCUCACCACAGACAGAGAUCUAUCUAGAGUAAGGGCCAUCCAGUACGGAGUUUCAAGCGAAGCCAUGGCUGUUCAGCAAUAUGAAAGAACCCUUCGAACCUUCCGGCACAACAUUGAGACCUUCCACUGCGGCCUUAUUGUGGAUCCCACGUGCCCAUGGCUCGGUGCAUCUCCCGAUCGUGUGGUGUGGGACCCAGAGGAACAGAGUCCUCAUGGCAUUGUUGAAGUCAAGUGCCCAUAUUCAAUGAGAGACUUGAAAAUACCAAGCACUGAAGGCUCGUGCCUUGUGAAAGAUGGCAACGGCACGUACAGGCUCAACCGCACCCACUUUUACUAUUACCAGGUUCUCGGGCAGAUGGCCCUUUCAGGGCUUACUUGGGCUGACUUUGUCAUGUCUGCUCCACAGUUUCUAGUUGUUGAAAGGAUUAGAUUCAGUGAAAGUGAAUGGCAGAAAUGCAAAAAUAGGCUGGACAGCUUUUAUUUUUCGACACUUCUACUGUACUUGGCAAGAACGUGCAGUACAAGCAAUGCAUCUUGAAUUCAAGAGUUUAAAAAAUCAAUGAGAAUUUAUGUAUUUAUUAAUACAGCUGUGAUACCAUUGACAAUGCCUUGUAUCCUUUUCUUGAAACGAGUAUCGAAGCCAUGUGCUCAUGGCUUUGGCUAUGCUAGCUUGGCAGUCACUGGGAAGGCUAUCUAGUACUGAACUGACACCUUGCACAGAUCCUAGGUUGCUAUUAAAGGACUUUGAAGAUUGCUUAAGAAUGCACACAAUGCCCAAAUUUCAUUAAUGAUCGGUGCGAUUGACAGUGGGAUGGGCCUGUCGAAAAUAUGAAAGGCCUUAAUACGUUGAAUGCGUCGCUCGACAUGUAUUCUGAGACUUGCAAUUUCC